AUGAUGGACGACUACGUCAGUGAGUCCGACAGCGACUACACCAGCUAUUGGCGAGACUGGUUCAUCUCGUCAAGGGGCAACGAGUACUUUUGCGAAAUCGACGAAGACUACUUGACCGAUCGCUUCAACCUGACGGGGCUCAACACCGAAGUACAGUACUACCAAUAUGCCUUAGACUUGGUCACCGAUGUUUUUGACCUCGACUGCGACGAUGAGAUGCGCGAGACGAUUGAGAAGUCGGCCAGGCAUCUCUACGGCCUAGUUCACGCCCGAUACAUUGUAACUACUAGAGGCUUGACCAAGAUGCUUGACAAGUAUAAAAAGGCCGACUUUGGCAAGUGCCCGCGCGUCCAGUGUCACUCCCACCCGCUCCUCCCCAUGGGCCUCUCCGACGUACCCAACCUCAAACCCGUCAAGCUCUACUGCGGGCGCUGCGAGGACAUCUACAACCCCAAGUCGUCGCGGCACGCCGCUAUCGACGGCGCCUACUUCGGCACUUCCUUCCACAACAUCCUCUUCCAGGUCUACCCCGCUCUCAUUCCUACGAAGAGUGUCAACCGCUACAUCCCCCGCGUCUACGGUUUCAAGGUCCACGCCUCUGCUGCCCUCGUCCGCUGGCAAAACGCAAACCGCGACGACAUGCGCCGUCGCCUGCGCAAGCUCGAGAUCGACACUGGCUUCCGCGAGGAGAUGGGCGAGGAGGAGGACGAAGACGAGGACGAGGUCGAGUUUGAGGGCAUUGAUGGGCGCAUGGCUGUUGUAGAGGGACUCUGA